CACAAGUCCAUUUAAAGAGUUUAUUGUUAUCAUUUCUUAAAUAAUUUUUAUUGUGAACAUCAUAUAUAAAUAAUUAUUGAUAUAAAUCACAUCAUAAAUUACUAUUAUAAAUUUGUUGAAUAAGUUUAAUUUAUUUAUCUCAAAGUUUUAUUGGGAGUAUUCUAAAUGGCAUCACUCCGUAAUAUUAUGACACGAGGUUUUAUUUAUAAUCCCUUUAAAGGGUUGGAAAGGUUGACAAUAGUUGAUUCUACAAAAUAUUAUAGUGUCUUUCCUCAAAGUUAUAAAAAGCCAGUUUUCAAACACGAUGAACAAUUAGAACUUGAAGAAGCCAAAAAAUUAGAAAAACUGUCUCUUCAAAAUAUAAAACCUGCGUUUAGUGAUAACACAUGUUCAGAAUUUCAUGAUCCUUUAGCGCGCAAAUUUACAAAUUGUAUUAUGAGAAAAGGAAAAAAAAUUGUAGCGGAUGAUGUAUUAAGAAAGUGUUUUACUUCUAUGAAAAGGAUACAAAUUGAACGUUAUCAUAAAACAAAAAAUCAAGAAGAAAAAGAAAAAAUUGAUUUUGAUCCGAUAAAUCUUCUGUAUAAAGCUGUAGAAAACUCUAAGCCAGCUUUAGAAGUCGUAAAAGUGAAAAAAGGAGGAAUUAAAUACGACGUUCCUCACCCACUGGUUGCAAAUCGAUCAAAAAACUUGGCAAUCCGUUGGUUGAUAGAAGCAGCUAAAGGAAAAGAGCGUACAAUACAUUUUUAUGACAGUUUAGCCAGAGAGUUAAUUAAUGCUUCCAAUAAUACGGGAACUGUUGUUAAAAGAAAAUUGGAAUUACAUAAACAAUGUGAAGCUAAUCGAGCUUACGCCCAUUUCAGGUGGACAUAAACUAUAAAAAUGAUAAAGAAUUAUUGAUAAAUGAUAAAUUAGAAACUAAUAGUGCUUUCAUGAAAUUUGUAAAUAAAACAUUUUGUUAUAAAUCAAAA